AUGCAGCCACGAGCCAAGGGAGACGACUCCACAACAGUGGAGCACGAUGAACAGGGCACGACCCUUGAUGUCGACACCCUCACCGUGGAGGAACCCUCCUACGGCCCGAACGGCAUCCGAGGGCUCUUCAGCUCAGGCUACGUUCUAGGGGCCGCAUUUCUGGCCUCACUCGGCGGUUUCAGCUUCGGAUAUGACCAGGGUGUCAUCUCAGUGAUCAACGUCAUGCCGCAAUUCCACGCAGCCAUUCCGGGAUCAGCGAGCGAGUUCGGUAAGGGCUUUAUGACCGGCAUGUUGCUCCUCGGCGCCUUUGUGGGCUGCAUCUUCAUGCCGUACCUGGCGGAUAAGAUCUCCCGCAAGUGGGCGUUGACAGUCGUCGUGGUGAUUUUCGACAUCGGGGCGAUCAUCCAGACGUCCGCCCAGAGCUACGGGAUGUUAGUCGCAGGGAGGGCUAUUGGUGGGAUUGGAGUUGGUACGCUAGCCAUGGGCGCACCGCUGUAUAUCUCAGAGAUCUCGCCGCCAAACCUACGAGGAACCCUGUUGGUGCUAGAAUCCAUCUGCCUCGUUUCGGGCUCAGUCAUUGCGUAUUGGAUCACAUUCGGGAUGAGACUGGUGGACAGCGAGGCCUCGUUCCGUGUUCCCUUUGGGCUGCAGAUGGUCAGCGCCACGCUGCUCGGAGUUGGCAUCCAUUUCUUCCCCUACUCCCCGCGGUGGCUGGCUCUGGUGGACCGUCCCGAGGACUGCCUGAAGAGUAUCAGUAAGCUGCGCGGCCUGCCCACGACCGACACGAAGGUCCAGGCGGAGUUCCAAGCCAUCAUGACGGAAAUUCGGAUCCAGAAGCUCACCGAAGAACGCCUGCGUCCCGGUGUAACCGGCUUCAAGCGAGAAGCGGCCCUAUGGAUGAGCUUGUUCAGCCGGCGCACCUGGAAACGCACCGCCGUCGGCAUCGGAGCAGGAUUUUUCCAACAGUUCAGCGGUGUCAACGCUUUUGUAUACUACGCCCCGACGCUCAUGACGACCAUCGGCCAGACCGGCGAGAUGUCAUUGAUCCUAUCCGGGGUCUUCGAUUGUCUGCAGCUCGUCACCGUGCUGGUCUGUUUCGUGACCAUCGACAGGAUCGGUCGGCGGCCGCUGGCGAUCUUCGGGGGCUUUGGCAUGGGCGUCUGCUAUAUUAUCAUCGCGGCCCUGACGGCGGUCUAUGGGCCGGGCUGGUCCAACGAGUCGGCGGGGUGGGCCUGCGUAGCGAUGGCCUUCCUGUUCAUGCUCAUCUAUGGAAACACCUACUCGCCCCUUGGCUGGGCUCUGCCGUCCGAGGUCUUCCCGACGGCCCUACGGUCCAAGGGCGUCGCGCUGUCGACCUGUGUCAACUGGCUAUCGAACUUCGUGGUGGGGAUUGUGACACCGGCGAUGAUAUCGAAUAUCACGUACGGGACCUAUAUCUUCUUUGCGGCAUUUUGUGUUCUUGCGGGGGUGUGGGCGUUCUUGCUCGUGCCCGAGACGAGCGGGAAGACGCUGGAGCAGAUCGACGAAAUGUUUGGGGACGGUGGCUACCACAUUAACAGAGAAGCAGAAUGCUAG